GGUGGUAUAGAUGAUGAUGUUGACGAUGAAGUAUUGGAUGAUGAUGAUGAGAUGUCACAAACCAAGCGUCAAACAAGAUCUAUCGUCAAMAMAACACACCRCAWCRAUGMUACAAACAGUUCAAAAACAUCCAGCAAUAAAGAGAAGAGAGCACAAAGAAAGAGCAAAAAUUUGGUGUCACAGGAAAGCAGUCAAGUCUCAAACACCGAAGAAGUUAAUGAAAACCCAAAGGAAAACUCGACGGAUGAUGAGAAGAAGCACUCGGAGAAUGAAGAAGACAAAAACGCAGGCAGAAAAGGUUUGCAUAAGAAUUCAUCCUCAGAUGAAGACAAAAGCGACAACAAAAGUGACCAGACCACUAGAAAAUCAAGAGGAAGACCAAGGAAAUCUACUCGAUCACUGGUUGAAACAUCUCAAUGUGAUGAGGUGCUAGGAUCAAAUGAUAUGAAUGACUGCACAGAUCAGACUCAUACCGACCACAACAGGGGCAGCCAAGCUGACAACACCAAAGACAGUCAGAUUGACAAUGGCCAGAAGAAUCAAACAGACAUCUCUAAGGUCAGUCAAAACGACCACACCAACGACACCCUGGACUGUCAUGAUUCUCAAGUGUCCAUGAGCAAUGAUUAUGAAGCAGACGAGUCCAAGACCAUGUCAGACAGCAAAAAGGCAGCAUCAGAGAGCAAAGACGAUAAAAAGAGCAAAAAGAAACGACGCAAAAAGACAAGUGUUAUACCAAAACAACUGAAGAACGCAAACAGAAAGCGAGGAGGGAGAAAAUUACCCAAAGAUAACACAAGCAGAAGUGGAGUAGAGUCAAAUGCAUCGUCAGAUGAAAGUAGCAAGGCAGAGAAGGUGAACAAGAGAGGGAAACGAAAAACACAAAGCAAAGGUACCACCCAAGAUAAUUCUCAAUUAGGACAAACAUCAGAUGUUAAUGAAGACAUACCAGAGGCAGUCGCAACCGAUGAAGACUACCAGUCAGUUCAAGAUACAAUAAAAAGUGAUACUAUAGCAAGUGAUAAAGCACUUUCGACAGGUGAAGAUGAUGAGUCUAAAGCCACAUACGAUGAUGAAAACAUAACCCACCAAGACAGCAGAAAGAGAAGAGGACAAGAAAACAAAGACACAGAAACUACUAUUAACAAGAAAUCACGAUCAAGAAACAAAUCAAACAUAAACCAAACAGCAAUGUAUAGUACUUCUGAAGAUGACAACCAGUCUGACAGUGCAAUGGUGACCAGGAAGACCAGACAACAAGACAAGAACAAAACUAGAAGUAUUAACAAUAAUACUCGAUCAAGAAAAAGACGCAAUGACUCUUCAGAAUCAAGCACAGGAUCUGAUAACGACAGCCAGUCUGAAAAAGAAAAACCAAGAAAGACCAGGAAAAAGAACAAGAAAGACAAAAAUGAAACAACAAUCAAUGAAAAACCCCAAACGAGAAGCCAAUCAAUCCUCGAUGACAACACACCUGAGACUAACACCCCCAUGAUGACCAAAAGCCCUUUCCUCCAUCCAAAAGAAUCAACGAUUAUCAAGUCCAUCUUAAAAUCAAGUUUACCAAGAAACUCCAACUCUAAACAUCGUAGAGUUAGUAUUGCAGCAAAGAGAAAUGAAGUAAAGAGUCCUGAACUGAACAGCGCCAGAAAAAACGACAGACGAUCAUCGGUGAGCUUCGCGGCAACUCCGUCAUUCCGAGUUGCACCCGAUGACUUUACGACGCCAGAAGACACUCCACUCGGCUACCCUACGAUGUCUUUUGUGUCCGAUUCAAGUUCUUACACACUAGGGGAGAGUACUUUUACACCGGGUAGCAGUAUAUCGCUUUCAUCAACGAUCUCGUCUGUAGGGUCAGCAUCAAGGCUGUCCCCUGUUAGUAGUACAUUUAACGAGUCGCAAGAAGUUACUAUCACUAGUGCUAAACGACAACAAGUUGAAGAAGUCCAGGAAGACGUUAUCAGGCGCAGUAAAAGAACCAAAGUACCGCCUGUACAAUACUGGAAGAACGAGAGGAUAAAAUACGAGAGAAGGAAGUCAGGUUGGUAUAUUGACGGAAUCGAGAGCGUCCCAACACCUAAAGUACCAAAACGAAAAGCCAGGAAAGCUAGAAAGAAAAAAGAGAGAGUAGCAGCUCAGAGUGUGUAUGAUGGAUAUGGUGGCGACGAAAUCAUUGCCUCUCCAUUAGAACUGUUACAUACCCCUGAAAUGCUUCAAUUCGUGAACACGUCACAAGACCCUGCAGGUCCUGAYGAUCCGUUAGUCAUAGACAAGUUCAUAUCCCAUACUUCAUUUGGUAUAGGACAGCUCGUCCUAAGGCCUGGAGCCGAGAAAGGGAAGCAACAUGUACGACGGGACACAAUGGCAUUUCAUGUACUUACUGGACAAGUAGAAGUCACCAUCCAUCAAACAACGGCGCUGUUACGAGCUGGAUCAACCUUCUACGUACCAGAAGGAAAUUGUUACAAUUUGAAAAACACCAACGACACAGACACAAGAUUGUUCUUUAUACAAAUCAAAUCACAAGACUGACAGCUAUAAGUAUUGAUCGUUAGUAGUAUUUACUAUUGAUAGUUUAUGAGUAGUCUAACGUAGGAAAACGUUUGGUCUAUCCCUUCAAGGCGAAUGGGACUAAAGACUAACUGAGAGAGGCAUGCAAAAAUGAACUUGUAAGAAGUCAAAGUUGUAUUUCACUAAGCUGUAAGGGACCUAUAGGUGUAUAUAUCAGUCAGCGUAUUUUAGACAUACACGAAAGCAGUCAUGGCUAACGUAACAUUAGGUCAGUAAUGUGUUUUUGUGAUUUCUCAUAGGACAAGAUUUUUAAAUCCAGGUCUGAUUGUUCAAUAAGUUUUAGGCUCAUAAUAAAAAAAGUUAAACAAGCAAAAGAACAAAAAUACUAAUAAAACGUUAGCGUUAUUUGGUCUCGCAUACUUUCUGAGCCCUGUCUUAUGUCGGUCUUCCUCUGUAAGGAGACUAUUGUUAGUGUUGAUUAAGGUUUAAGCAACCUGGCAUUGUAAAUACAUUGUAAAUAGUACCGUUCUUUGUAAUACAUUUGUUACAAUAUCGA